AUGGCGUUGCUUCUCCAAUAUGCGGCUCCGGUGAGCUACUCGGCGCAACAGACUGGGUUCGAAAACUUUAUUCAGGAUUUCAAAACUUCGCCAGAGCAGACCAUUACCCAAGGGUUGGGCGACAUUGCAAUUGACGAUGACGACUUGAGCGACGACUAUGAUUUCAUGGACGAGGAUGACGAGUCGGCGCAGCGCAGACAGCAGGAGAAAGCCCGGCAAAAGGGCCCGCGUCACAAGUAUCGAGAGCUUUUGCAGGAGCUGGCAGACAGGAAGGUUGACGAAGUUGUCAUCGACCUAGACGAUCUGGCCUCGUUCGAGGCAGAUGUUGAUGAGGGUUUGCGCCUGGUUGAAUCAGUUGAGAAGAACACCAAACACUACGUUGAGAUCGUCUCCAGGGCUAUCGAUAAAUUGAUGCCGGAACCGAGCAGCGAGGUCAGCUUCAAGGACGAUGUUCUUGACGUGCUCAUGGCACGCAGAGCAGAGCGCAACCGCGCUGUUGCUGAAGCCGCCGAAUCGCAAAACGACAAUUCUUUGCUAAACGACAAAUUCCCUGCCGAACUCGUCCGCCGCUACACCCUUGUUUUCAAGCCGCGAUCUUCGACAGCCGAGAAUCCCCGAAAAGCCCUUGCUGUGCGGCAGGUGCGUGGCGAUCAUCUCGGACAUCUUAUUACCAUCAGCGGUAUCGUCACCAGGGUAUCAGACGUCAAGCCCAUCGCACAGGUCAGCGCCUACACUUGUGACCGUUGUGGCUGCGAGAUCUUCCAGCCCGUAAACGACAAGGCAUACGCUCCCUUGACUGUCUGCCCCUCGCAAGACUGCAAGGACAACCAGAGCAAGGGCCAACUCCAUCCUUCAUCCAGGGCAUCCAAGUUUCUCCCCUUUCAGGAGGUCAAGGUGCAGGAGCUUGCCGAGCAGGUUCCCAUCGGCCAGAUCCCAAGGACUCUUACUGUUCUCUGCUACGGCUCACUGGUUCGCAAGGUCAACCCAGGCGAUGUUGCCGAUAUCUCGGGCAUAUUUCUGCCCACCCCCUAUACUGGCUUCAAGGCCAUGAAAGCCGGUCUCCUGACUGAUACCUACCUUGAGGCGCACCACAUUGUGCAGCACAAGAAGGCGUAUGCCGAAAUGACUAUCGAUCCGCGGUUAGUGCGUAAAAUCGACCAGUUUAGGGUCUCGGGACACAUCUAUGAGUAUCUGGCCAAAUCUAUUGCGCCCGAAAUCUUCGGUCACCUGGACGUCAAGAAGGCACUUUUGUUGCUGUUGGUCGGUGGUGUGAGCAAGCACAUGGGUGAUGGUAUGAAGAUUCGUGGUGACAUCAACAUUUGUCUGAUGGGUGAUCCCGGUGUGGCCAAAUCUCAGCUGCUUAAAUACAUCUCCAAAGUGGCCCCUCGUGGUGUCUACACUUCUGGUCGUGGUAGCAGUGGUGUCGGUCUGACCGCCGCUGUCAUGCGUGAUCCCGUCACGGACGAGAUGGUGCUGGAAGGUGGCGCUCUGGUCCUGGCUGACAACGGCAUCUGCUGCAUCGAUGAGUUCGACAAGAUGGACGAGAACGACCGAACCGCCAUCCACGAAGUCAUGGAACAACAAACAAUCAGCAUCAGCAAAGCCGGCAUCUCCACCAGCCUCAACGCCCGUACCUCGAUUCUCGCUGCCGCUAACCCUGUCUAUGGCCGAUACAACCCGCGCAUAUCUCCGGUCGAGAAUAUCAACCUCCCCGCAGCCCUUCUUUCCCGUUUCGAUAUCCUCUUCCUCCUGUUGGAUACUCCAACCCGUGAUACCGACGCCCAGCUUGCGAAGCACGUCGCCUACGUGCAUAUGAACAGCCGGCAUCCAGACCUGACGGCCGGCGGCGACGGCGGCGUUAUUUUUACCCCUCAUGAGAUGCGCAGCUACGUAGCCGAGGCCCGGACCUACCGCCCUACCGUGCCCACGGCCGUGUCAGAGUACCUGAUCAAGACUUAUGUGCGCAUGCGCGACUCACAGCGCCGCGCUGAGAAACAGGGCAAGCAGUUCACGCACACGACUCCCCGUACGCUACUUGGUGUUGUGCGUCUUGCUCAGGCCCUUGCCCGCCUGCGCUUCGCCAGUCUUGUCAGCCAGGACGACGUCGACGAGGCUCUGCGGCUCGUUGAGGCCAGCAAGGCAAGUCUGGACGCCAGUGCGACGCCGUCGCGUCGUGGACUGAAUGCCAGCAGCAGGAUUUAUAACCUUGUCAAGGCCCUUGCUGACCAAGGAGCGUGUCGUGCGGAUGAUGGCGAGGACGACGAUGAGCUGGGCAUCGAGCUGAGCAUGCGCCAGGUAAGAGAACGUGUUUUGGCCAAGGGCUUCACUGAGGACCAGUGGACCGCUGCGUUGGAUGAGUACACCGAGCUUGAUGUCUGGCAAACUGCUGGAAGCGGCACUCGCCUCGUUUUCAUCACGGCCAACAAUGGGGAAGAAGGUGAUGAAUGA